GAAGAAGAAGAAAAACAGGUUGAAUCCCUUUACUCAUUUCUCUCUGAAACUCAAAACUCAAAUCCUCACACUUCAGACCUCAAAACCCUCACACAAUCGAAGACGAUCCUUAGCUAUGGAGGCUUUCGGGACCGGUGGAUUCAUGGAGGACGAGAAGGCUGUCCGAGUCGAAACCAGCUUUCUCGACUUUCUCAAGAGCUUUAAGAUUUCUGGUGAGUUGUAUUACGAAACUGAGAUUGAAGUCAUGAGAGCCAACGAGUCGAACACUAUGUUCGUCGAUUUCUCUCAUGUCAUGUCAUUUAGCAAUCUUCUCCAGAAGGCUAUCUCCGAUGAGUAUCUCAGAUUCGAACCUUAUUUGAAGAACGCUUGCAAGAGAUUCGUCAUGGACCUGAGACCUACCUUUAUUUCUGAUGAUAACCCUAAUAAGGACAUCAACCUUGCCUUCUUCAACCUCCCCGUAGCCAAAAGGUUGAGGGAGCUAACGACAGCAGAGAUUGGUAAACUAGUCUCUGUAUCGGGAGUGGUGACUCGUACAAGUGAGGUUCGACCUGAGCUUCUCCAGGGGACUUUCAAGUGUUUGGAAUGUGGAGGAGUCAUUAAGAACGUUGAACAGCAAUUUAAGUACACUGAGCCUACAAUAUGCAUGAAUGCAACCUGUGCCAAUAGAACAAAGUGGGCAUUACUCAGGCAAGAGAGCAAAUUUGCAGACUGGCAGAGGGUACGGAUGCAGGAGACUUCCAAGGAGAUUCCUGCUGGUUCCCUUCCCAGAUCAUUGGAUGUUAUUAUCCGACAUGAGAUAGUGGAAAAAGCAAGGGCAGGCGACACGGUAGUCUUCACAGGCACUGUUGUUGUGAUACCCGACAUUAUGGCAUUGGCCUCACCUGGAGAGAGAGCAGAGUGUCGCCGGGAAGCUUCUUCACGCAAGGAUUCAAUGGCUGGACAAGAAGGUGUGAGGGGCCUUAGAGCAUUAGGAGUCAGAGAUCUCUCUUACAGCCUUGCAUUUAUUGCCAAUUCAGUUCAGAUUUCUGAUGGAAGAAGGGAUAAUGAUAUAAGGAAUAGAAAGAAGGAUGCUGAUGAAGAUGAGACCCAGCAAUUCACACCUGAAGAGUUGGAUGAAGUUCAAAGAAUGAGGAAUAUCCCGGAUUUCUUCAAUAAGCUUGUUGAUAGUGUUGCCCCAACUGUCUUUGGUCACCAAGACAUUAAGCGAGCAAUCCUGCUUAUGCUGAUGAGUGGUGUCCACAAAGUCACCCAUGAAGGCAUCAACUUAAGAGGAGAUAUCAAUGUUUGCAUUGUUGGAGAUCCUAGUUGCGCAAAGUCUCAGUUUCUUAAGUAUACUUCGGGUAUAGUUCCAAGAUCUGUUUACACGUCUGGAAAAUCUUCCUCAGCUGCUGGGUUAACUGCUACAGUUGCCAAAGAACCUGAAACUGGUGAAUUCUGCAUAGAGGCUGGUGCACUGAUGCUUGCUGAUAAUGGCAUAUGUUGCAUUGAUGAAUUUGACAAGAUGGAUGUCAGAGAUCAGGUUGCCAUUCAUGAAGCCAUGGAACAACAAACCAUAAGCAUUACAAAAGCAGGAAUACAAGCAACACUGAACGCUCGAACAUCAAUUCUCGCUGCUGCCAACCCCACAGGGGGGCGUUACGAUAAAUCUAAACCACUUAAGUAUAAUGUGGCUCUUCCUCCUGCUAUUCUUUCAAGGUUUGAUCUAGUAUAUGUAAUGAUUGAUGACCCAGAUGAUCAAACAGAUUACCACAUUGCCCACCACAUCGUGAGGGUACAUCAAAAGCGUGAAGAAGCUCUUUCUCCUACAUUUACUACUGCACAACUCAAACGUUACAUUGGAUAUGCAAAAACUCUGAAGCCAAAGAUGAGUACAGAAGCCAGAAAAUUGUUGGUGGAGUCCUAUGUAACUCUCCGUAGAGGAGAUACUGCUCCAGGGAGUCGAGUUGCUUAUCGUAUGACUGUUAGGCAACUGGAGGCAUUGAUCAGACUUUCAGAGGCCAUCGCUAGAAGUCAUUUGGAAACUCAGAUAUUUGCUCGCCAUGUCCGAUUAGCAGUGAGAUUGCUGAAAACAUCCAUAAUCAGUGUGGAAUCUAGUGAGAUAGAUCUAUCUGAAUUUGAUGAAGAAAUAAAUCACGAUAAUGGUGACGAUGGUAAUGAAAAUAACAAUGCUGGCGAAGGCGGUGAACAACCAAGUAAUAAUGCUGCCCCUGAUCCAGCUUCUACUAACAAUGAAAAUGGGGGAGGUUCUGCCCAACAACCACAACAAGCAAAGAAACUCGUGAUAAGCGAUGAAUAUUUCCAAAGGGUAACUCAUGCCCUUGUUAUGCGCCUUAGACAACAUGAAGAAACAGUUAGGAUUGAAGGAACCGGACUAGCUGGAAUGAGGCAGAGGGAUUUGAUCCAGUGGUAUGUGAAUCAACAGAAUGAGAAAAACAACUACAGCACGAUGGAAGAGGCAGCAAGCGAAGUUUCGAAAAUCAAAGCUAUUAUAGAGAGUUUGAUUCGAAGAGAAGGGCAUUUGAUAGUGUUGGACGAUGGAGGACAAGCAGCAGCGGACGGUGAAGGACGACCAUCGUCAUCUAGAAAUGAUAGAAUAUUAGCCGUAGCUCCCAAUUAUGUCAUUGAAUAAUGUAGUGGUUAGUUGUAGUUGUAGUUGUAGUUGUAGUCUUCCAUUUAGAAGACAUUUUUUGUUCCUUAUUUUUAUUGUUGUGUUUAAACUUGUAACAAAGCAUUUAUUAUUAUUAUUUUUUUGUCUUAUUAAAAAGGGUAUAUCCAUAAGAUUUAGAGGUACAACAUUGUACAAAGCAUCUAAACAUCAUAUGUCAUAUUGCUAUUUGUG